AUGCUCACCGAGCUGCGCACUAACAUAGCGGGGGAUAUGGCCCGCUUCCAGAAAGCUGUGGAAGGAGUGGAAACUCAGGUCACCCAACUCGAAGCCACACACAGUAUGCACAAUACCAGAAUUAAUGUGGUGGAACAAGGACUGGAGGAACUAAAGUGGCGGCAGCAACAAACUGAUGAUGAAAUAGACACCCUGGAAGACCACACAAGGUGGUACAAUCUGAAGAUCCAGGGAAUUUUGGAGUCAGUGACUAUGGAUGACUCAUCCUAA